ACUCAGUGCUGCUGACUGUGUUGGAUUCCGAAGCGUCUGUCCGACCUGACGCACUCUUGUACCACAGCGCAGCUGUCACCAUUACUUCAUGCUUAUUGGCUCAAUACCGAGAGAGACAGAGGCUGAGCAAAGGCAAACAACGGGAGGGGGGAGAGAAAGAGCUGGACCCCUUCGCUCUGCUCCAUCGAUCUGCAGAGGUGCACCGAGGAUCCUCUAUCAGACCCUGGGCACGGACUUCUGAGUUUUUUAGAUCUUCUGGAAUGCCAAAGGUGGAUCUGCUAUUUGGAACAGGAUGCUGCUGGGAAAUUUGAUAGCGUUGGUGUUCUGUCUCUUGGGAACGGAUGUCAGUAGAGCUCAUAUAUUUGAAGCCACAAGACCUGGAGAAGGAGAUAACCUGCCACCUGUCACUAAACUCAUAUCAGAGUGGGUCAGCACAGCAGGUUCCUGUAAGGGGAGGUGCUUUGAGCUGGAGGUGGCAGAUCCUCCAGGAUGCAGAUGUGACAAUCUGUGUAAAACUUACCUCAGCUGCUGCUCUGAUUUCGAUGCUCACUGCCUGAAAACAGCCGGGGGGUUUGAGUGUACACAUGAUCGCUGCGGGGAGGAGAGGAAUGAAGACCAUGCCUGCCACUGCUCAGAGGAUUGCUUGGAGAAAGGAGACUGCUGUUCUAACUACAAAUCCACCUGCAAAGAUGAGACUUCAUGGUUGGAAGACAGCUGUGAAGAGAUCAAGAGUCCAGAAUGUCCUGCAGGUUUCAUUCGUCCUCCUCUCAUCAUGCUGUCUGUUGAUGGGUUCAGAGCCUCCUACAUGAAGAAGAGCAGAUUUGUCAUCCCCAACUUACAUAAACUCAGAUCAUGUGGUGUAUCUCCCCCAUACAUUCGACCAGUCUAUCCAUCAAAGACAUUUCCAAAUUUAUACACCCUAGCCACAGGCCUGUACCCAGAGUCCCAUGGAAUUGUGGGAAACACCAUGCAUGACCCAGUGUUCAAUGCCACCUUCAGCCUGCGCACAAGAGAGAAAUUAAACCACCGCUGGUGGGGAGGACAGCCAAUCUGGAUUACAGCAGAGAAACAAGGAGUGAAAGCAGGAACUUUCUUCUGGCCAUGGGUAAUUCCUCUUGAAAGAAGGAUUCUGACAAUUCUCCGUUGGCUGAAGCUUUCAGAUAAAGAGAGGCCAUAUGUUUAUGCAGUCCACUCAGAGCAGCCGGAUACCUUUGGUCAUCGUCUUGGACCACUUAGCAGUGAACUGGACAACCCUCUGAGGGAAAUCGACAACAUCAUUGGUCAGCUCAUGAAUGGACUCAAGCAGAUGAAUCUGCACCGAUGUGUCAAUGUCAUCAUUGUAGGAGAUCACGGUAUGGAAGAAACCCACUGUGACAGGACAGAGUUUCUCAGCAGCUACCCUCUAAAUCUAGAUGACAUCAUGCUCAUCCCUGGCUCCAUUGGCAGAAUACGCCCCCGUGACGCCAAAUCCACCACAUAUGACCCAAAGGUUGUGGUUGGAAACCUUACUUGUAAAAUGCCUACCCAGCACUUUAAACCAUACCUGAAGCAGCAUUUACCCAAGAGGCUUCACUACGCCAACAACCGCAGGAUUGAGGAUGUCCAGCUGGUGAUGGAGAGGAAAUGGCACAUUGCUAAAAAAAUGCCAGAAAAACCGAGACCUCGGUGUGGUUUCUUUGGUGACCAUGGAUUCGACAACAAGAUAACCAGCAUGAGGACGAUCUUUAUCGGCCAUGGACCAAGCUUCAAAUUUCAGAAGAGUGUGCCAGAGUUUGACAAUAUAGAGUUAUACAACGUCAUGUGUGAUUUGCUGGGGUUGAAGCCAGCUCCUAACAAUGGAACACAUGGCAGCCUGAAUGACAUGCUGAAGGAUCCACCGUUCCAGCCCACUGUGCCAGAGGAAGUCACACCUCCGUCACCGGCGCCCAACUACGUCAACAUAAUGACCCACGAUCUGGGGUGCAGCUGUGAAGAUGAGAACAGGGUGGAGGAAAUCAUUGAAACCUUUACUCCUGCAGCAGCCGGAGUCUACAGUUACAACAGCACCCAUCUUCCAUUUGGUCGGCCAGCAGUGAUGUUCAACACUAAGUACAGCCUACUUCAUCAUGUGGAAUUUAUCAGUGGAUACAGCGAAGAACUGGCCAUGCCAUUCUGGACAGCAUACACACUGCCCCAUCAGGAGGAUCUGACUCCUAUUCCGGAGGGUUCACCCUCUGCCAGUUGUAUCCGAGUCGACCCAAGAAUUUCCCCAGUUCACAGUCAGAGCUGCACAGCCUACAACCAGAACAAGUACCUCACCUAUGGCUUCCUAUUUCCCCCAGAACUGGCAACAUCUCCAGAGUCCAGAUACGAUUCUUCGCUCAUCACCAACACUGUUCCAAUGUACCCCGCUUUCAAAAGAAUAUGGAGUUACCUGCAGGGGACGCUGCUGAGACGUUACAGUGAGGAAAACAAUGGUGUUAAUGUUCUGUGUGGGCCUAUCUUCGACUAUAACUACGACGGCCUUCGAGACACCACAGAGCAGAUUAAAGAGUUUUCUGCAGACAAACCGCCCAUUCCUUCCCACUUCUACACCAUUGUGACAAGCUGCCAGGAGAUGAAUCAGACAGUGGAUGAGUGUGAUGGGGCGCUUAAGGUGUUUUCCUUCAUCCUGCCUCACAGGCCAGACAACAGUGAAACCUGCAAUAGUGCUGAGGAUGAGUCCCAGUGGGUUGAAGACCUGCUGAAGCACCACACGGCCCGAGUUCGAGAUGUGGAGAUCUUGACGGGCCUGGACCUGUACAGAUCCACUAACCUUACCUACACCACCACUCUGAGCCUCAAAACCUACUUGAACACCUUCGAGAGUGACGACUAGUUGAACAGACACAGACACACAUGCACAGGAUGUCAUGAAAGCCCUGUAAUAUCUCUGCAUGCUCGCUGGGCAGAUGAUGUGUAGAUAUUUUGCUCCAAAGGAACUGCCUAAGAAGAGCUUUAACAAUGGGAUACAUUUUGAUAAUUAAAAAAAAAUUAAAAGAACUUUAUUAGAGAUUCUUGAAUACCGUUAAAAAGUUCAGGAAAACAGCUCUAGCUGAGAUGCAGAUUUAAAAAAUAUAGCUACAUUCUCCAACACGCAUAAAGCACUAUAACAGCGUGGCUCUGUAAGUAUAAAUAAUCAUUACCUAAAGUUCCCAUGCAUUCAGAUCUUAGAAAAUAUUUAAUAGCUUUUGCUUUAAAGAAUCUGUAGCUCAUUUAAUGCAACAUAAACCUGAAAUAACAAACUGUAAAGUGAAAUAAAAUAUAUGGACAUGAAAUUAUAAAGCAAAGUAGUAGUGUUCAUAAUUUGCAGGCUAAACUAAAUAAUUAGUAGUGUGAUAAAACAAUUCUUUAAAAAAAAACUGAAAUAUUUAGAAAUACAUAGCUUAAAGUUGUGUGUCAUAUCAGUUAUUCUGAAUAUGAUUAACUGUUCUCUAACAUGAAAUAAGAAGCUGAAGGAAGUUAGAUAUGAGCAAAGAUAAGCAAAGCAAAGCCCCAAAAGAGAUUUUAUCAUUUAUGCAGACUGUAUGGUAAAUAUGGACAAAAAAUGAUAGCUACUGAUUACGCAUAUUACCGGAAAUAGGAAAACAACCCCUGUGAUCUGCAUACAAUUAAAAAGGACCUUUUUGUAGCUACCAAAAGGAAGGACAUAGCCAACUCGAUUACGCCUUACUUAUCGAGUGUUUGUGUUAACCAAAGUUAGCCACCUCUUGUAAAAAUACUAUAAAAUUUAAAUCUGCAGAAGCAUAAACUGAUGUCCACCUCAUUUGAAAUGCUUAAAGUUUAUACACAUAAUUCAAAGCUAAUAAUUAAGCUAACUUCAUAAAAUAGAUAGCUUGGUGGCUAACUGCAGUUUUCUGAGUGAAUCAAAGCUAACAACGACGUCUUUCUCUUCGAGUUUAACAUGUAUAAAUAUAGUCAAAUCUUUAUCUGCGUCAUUAGUAAAUGCAAAAUAAACCAAAACAUUUACACAUCUACCCAAAGAAUGCCUUACUGUAAACAUGUAAAAAAUCUGUAAACAACUGUAACAGCUUUGGUGUGAAAAAGAGCUCUGAACACAGAAAAUGUGUUGCAGUUGUUUAUUUUUUUCUCCUUUUUGGGUUAAAAAAAUUAUUUAGUUUUACACAGUAGUUUUUAGCAUCACAGCAGUAAUAGCACCCAGUGAAACAAAUAAUUCAGCGGAACUUCGUUACCCCAUUUAGCUUCAAAAAGAUUCAAAUGCAAACCUUUUUCCUCCACCAAGACAUUAUUUUAUGAAAAGAGAUGUUUGGGUAAACAUAUAUAUAUUUUGGGUUAGACAGCACACAGCACAGUCAAUGAAACCACUUUACUAGUAAUUAUUUUAAAUGAAUGGGUAUAUUUUUUAUUUAAAAAAAUGUCUCAAACAUCAUUCACAUCAAUUAAAAUUAUGAACUUUUUUUCUUUUUGUUGCCUCCAUCUAGAUAAAGAAUCCAUAAAUUCUAAAAUGUAAACAUUUCAAACUCAGAUGUUUGGACGCCAUGCAACGAACACCUCAAUACUAAGAAACUUCAGUCAGAACAUUUGUUGACUAUUAUUUGAACUGGGGUUCAGCGGUGUCCUGUUGGGUUCAGAUUCUGUCUGCCUUAGAAAAAAGAUUGCUUAGUCUUUGAACCAAGUAGUAAAAAGUUUUAAGCAUCAAAAGCACUUGUUUGGUGUUGCAUUUUUUGCCUGUUUUUUUUUUUUUUGGCUUUAUUAAACUGCCAGCAUUCAUACUGUGUAUAGAUAGUCACAACUCUUCUGUUUGCAUUUCUUUCAUUUAUUUUCAUAGUAUUCUAUUGUUGAGUUAAUGUUGCUAACAUACAUAAUCAGUAGAAUAGAAAAACUUGACUUUGAACGCUUGUCAAGUUAAAGUCAAACCAGUUUUUAUUCCUCUAGUCUUUUAAAUAAAAGCCAUGUAGAUUAGAACAAA